UUUCCGCGUCCUGUGACUGCGGUCAGGUGGUUGCGGGGUUCCCCUCUUUCUGUUCUCUCGUCCGGUGCGGGCCGGCUCUGCGGUAGCGUUGGUGGAGGCGAGUUCUCGGCCGGGAAAGUUUUGCGGCGGAAAUCCGCAGUCCCGGCAGCGCGGCCGGGCCGUGCAGGCAUGGCCGGAGGGGAAGGGCCGGUGUCCGGUGUGGCGGAGAGCCGGGAGCACCUCUUCAAGGUGCUGGUGAUCGGGGAGCUGGGCGUGGGCAAGACCAGCAUUAUCAAGCGCUACGUGCACCAGCUCUUCUCCCAACACUAUCGGGCCACCAUCGGGGUGGAUUUUGCUCUCAAAGUCAUCAACUGGGACAGCAAGACUCUGGUGCGGCUGCAGCUCUGGGACAUCGCAGGCCAGGAGCGUUUUGGAAAUAUGACAAGAGUUUACUACAAAGAAGCAGUUGGUGCUUUUGUGGUCUUUGAUGUCACAAGAGGCUCCACAUUCGAGGCUGUUUCAAAGUGGAAGCAUGAUUUGGACAGUAAAGUACUUCUUCCUAAUGGCAGCCCCAUCCCUGCUGUUCUUCUUGCAAACAAGUGUGAUCAGAAGAAAGAUGGCAGCCAAAAUCUUUCUCAAAUGGACCAGUUCUGCAGAGAAGGUGGCUUUAUUGGAUGGUUUGAAACAUCUGCCAAGGACAACAUCAACAUAGAUGAAGCUGCUCGAUUCUUGGUGGAAAACAUCCUUGCCAACUAUAAAACCUUUCCUAAUGAAGAGAAUGAUGUGGGGAAACCAAAACUGGACCUAGACCCGUUGAAAGCAGAGAGUAAAUCACAGUGCUGCUAAUGCUACCACUGUUUGGCGAAUGUGAUGGAAUGAGCAGCAAGACUGUUCCUUAAAUCAAACUGCUGCUAUGGUGCUGCAUUGUGACAAUCCAUAUGGGGUGUCUGGUAUUAUCUGAACAGGUGAUUCUUGUGGGUGCUUACAUACUCAGUUUUAUGCUAAACAGGAGUAUCUUGUGAGUUCUCACUCUUCUUGCUUGAGUGGCUUCAUCUAAAUCUGAUUAGUGCUUACUUGAGAACAUAAGGUAGUGUUUACACUCCUAAAAAGGAACAAAGACAACGUUCAGUGUCUUCAGUGUCUACUUUGCAUUCUAGGAUAUGCUACAUGCUACAUUCCAAAUAGGACUCACUUGUGGCUUUAGCUGAACAGACACUUGCACCUCUGAAUAUUUUUCUUUUGUUACCAAUAAUGCCCUGCUUUAGCCUGACUUCUCACCUAUACUUGUACAUAUGUCUCCACUCUGAGGGUCUGUCUCCUUGCUAGCUCUCUUGGAUCAAGAUAUUCUGGAAGUCUUGAGGGGGCCAAUAUCAUCAUUGGUGUGUUCACCAGGAUCAAGUGGAAAAGACUGCUUUCACCACUGCAUAAGAAUGAGAUAGGUAAAGGUAAAUGAUUGUAUUUAAUGGAAAGGCACUGCUAUGUAGAUACUAACAAAAAUACAUCUUCAGCUAUUUAAAAAAUAUUACUUUCAGCUAAUACUUGUAAAAUAUAUUAAUCAAUACUGUUGCAUUUCUGUCAUAUUUAUGGUAAUUUCACUUGUACUCACAUGUAGUAAUAAACAUCCAGAAGUCUUUUCAUGCACUAACACAAAAAAACUUUAGCAAGGUAAAGUAGGUAAAAUAUCUUGCUGUCCUGUGACAAUGAACUUGCUUUUUCCUUCUUUUUUUUCUGGAGAUGGUUCUGAAUAUUUUGAAUAAGAAUAGAUGCCUUGGAAAAAAUAAUUCAACUAGAUCUUUCUAGCUUGUCAAAAAUCCCCCGCCUCCUUUUUUAAUAUUAGAACAGUGCUGCACUCUUCUGACUACUCAGAGUUUGUGAACUGUCUUUACCAGUUUGUAGCUCUGUUUACUGAGAUGCUUGCUUCCUUGUUAUAACCCAUUUAUUUCUGGCAGCAGAUAAAGAUUAAAAGGAGUAGAGAACUUCAGUUCUUGGUCAUUUUCAUUGAAUUUUGGCUCUACUAGGCUGAAACACUCUGGAGUUCCUCUUAAUUUUAAAGUGUUUCUUCUGUCUUGGUACCUCACUGCUACUGACAAAAUAAUUCUUUGCUUGCUUGUCUGGUACUGAUGUUUAAGUAAACAUCAGCAUGAAGUAUUUUUCAGAUGGGUGUACUUUAAUCUGUAUUGAAAUUACCUAGGCUGUUGUCUUUUCUAAAGAAUAACAUAUUUUUUAAGAGACAAAUAAAUAUAUUUGGCAUCUUAACUUGUUGGUGUAUGCUUUUGAAUGAAUCUUCACAUCAUGUGUGCCACCUUAAAGUUGUUUUCAAGUAUCAAUGAAAAUAUUUAUUUCAAUAUUUAUGUUAUAGGCUUUUAGAUUAUCACAGAACAGAAUGGCGUAAACUAAAACAAGGUUUAACUUGUUGAGGGUUAUAAUUCAAUUCAGGCUAGACAACAACUUAAGAACCCUUCUAAUCUUCCUCAAAGCAAGGUCAUACCUGGCUGUUCUACUACUUUGUGUAGUAUUCUGGUCUUAAACAUUCAAUGGCAGACUAUCUGACCUGCAGGGAAGUUGUUUCAAUGCCUGACUGUCCUCAUGAGCAUUUAUCUAGUCUGAUUAUGUCCAUGGUUUCUCAUCUUCCCACUGUGUAGCACUACAAGGAAUGCAUCCAUUUUGCUUGUGCAGAUUAGCUGGACAUUUCAAGUUUGAUUACAGACUUUUUAAAGUUGAAAGUAGCAAAGCGUCAGAAAGCAAGUUGCACACUAUCUGUGCUCCUUGUUUGCUGACUUUGCUCCUUGUUUGGGCUGUUAACUGUCCUAGUUAACCUGGAACUACUGUAAUUCUCCUGUUCUCUCCACAACAAGUUAACUUGGACUGUAAAUCCACUUAAACCCACUUAAUCUCCAGCAUGCUGUCUUCUAAACUUAAAACAUAACUAGUGGAGCAUUUGCACAGCCUGUUGGUUUCAUGCUUGUAUAAAUCAAAAUCUGUGAUUAAAAACUUUUGAUAAAAUGUGAUUUCAUGUUCAACCGGCUUGAAAUGAGUAGGAUUAAUGGACCCAUGUAAUGACAGGAAGGUUUUUACUACUAGAAAAGGUCAGUUCUUUAUCUAGUGUGUUUAAAACUAGACUAUUUAUAACAUUAAUUCCUUGAAUUCCUACCUGACUGCAGGAAUUGCUAGAUGUGGUAGACUUCAGGUUGUUGGUUUUAUUGUUUUUUUAAUCACGCACCUUCUGUGCUGUUUCUUAUCCUUAGUUUUCAAGCUUAUAGCAGAGUGAAAAUCAGGAUGAAGCUUUGGGACUCUACCUGGAUGCAUGAACCUUCACUGUCUUGUCAGUGGCGAUGUAACCCUGUGUGGAUUCUGCUUGAAAAGUUAUUGCUGUUUAUAUUUAAGUGAUUUCCUUCUCCUGUAUAUAGCCAGCUGGCUUCUAAAAUUCUAAAUGAAUGUAGAAUGACCAAGAUUGUCAAACUGUAUAGUUGUUUUGAUGUAUUAUUGACUGGAGAAAUUGAGCCUGAGUUCAGACAAUACCAACAACAAAGAUCAAUCAUAAUAGAUAUAGAACCCUGUUUUAAUUAACACAAUCUCUGGCUUGGAAAGAUAUCUGCAAGUUUAGA